AUGCGCUGCUCUACCGUCUUCGCUGGCCUUCUCAUGGCUGCCUCUACCAUGGCUCUUCCUCUGGAGGCCUCUUCCAACACCGCCCUCCAGCCAGUCGAGGCUGCUAAGGACAUUGCUGCAAGAGCUCCUGCUCCUCAACUUGACCUCACCGACCUCCUUGGAGACGUUGGCACUACUGUUACGAACCUGCUCACCAACUUGGAGCUGGUCCUGGACCCCGUCCUCGACGCACUUACAAACGUCACCGCCGCCGUUGAGCAGCUGGUCAUUGAGACCCAGAAGACCACCGACACUGGCGCGACCAUCGGCAGCACCGUGUACACCCUGACGCUGACCAACACCCUCAACACUCUUCUUGGGCUUGUUGACAGCAUCUCCGGCCUCGGGACCACCACUGUUGUCACCAGCGAUGACGUGACUCUUGUCAACAGCCUCGCCACUUCCCUUGGACAGCUCUUUGAUACCGUCCAGACUCUUCUCUCGGCUGACAGCACCAACGGCACCUUGAUCAGCCUCUCGGACCUGCUCACCCAGCUCAUCGCUGACGUCAACAGCGUCCUUGAGAACAUCAGCACGUAA